UUUGCUCGGUGUCGCGACGACAUCUUCGACUACAGUGCCGAAUCAAUCACGGCUGCUGCGGGUGCCCAAGACGCUGACAGAGUUUUUGAGUUGCGGCAUGCGCGCCAGCUGCAUCAACAGCGCCGACAUCGACCGGGAUAUCCUCAUCUGUCUAAUUCCCUACAGCGGGAGGAGCUGCAGGGGUUGAAGAAGCCACAUUGGGCCGACGGCGAUUACGAUGAAGAAGAGGACAUUGUUGUUGCGACGCGACGCUUCUCGCCGUCGUAUCUAUGCGAGGAUCCAAGAGAGGCUGAUGAUAAUGGCCAUCCUAUUGGAAGCCCGUCGUCUUCGGCAAAGUACGAUAGCUAUUACGCGGGUGCAUACCAAACGACAAUACCUGGGGGAGUGGCGGCUAUCAAUGAGGAUGAAGAGACAGAGUAUGACAACAAUGCAGAAGAUCAUGCUGCUCACGCAAAGUCGUUUUCUGCCGCCUUCGUGGCGGCUCAUCGCGAGACCACGCGAUCCGAAUCUGAGCAUGACACACUCAUGGACGGAGACGACAAGUCCGAGCGCGACCACAUGAAGAGACAAGGAGAACAAGGCGAUGACCAACAAGACGAUGCAGGCUCGUGCGGCCCACCGCGGCCGGAAGGAUUUCGACUCUGGCCUCUUGUCCUCGUUGGUGAUUUCAAUGCAAAUGAUGCCGAGUUCGAAACUAUGCUUGCUCUGAUGCGCACUUAUCUUGGUAGCGAUUGCAUCGAUCUAUCCGCGUCGUGUGCUGGCUCGGAUCCUCGAUCUGGUGCGAGCCGUCGCGGGAGUCGAGCAUUCUUUUUUCCAGCCCGAGAGAUUCCAAUGCCGAAACCAAGACAAAAGACUGGAGCGACGGCUUCUAGCGGCAAUUGUGGAACCCGCGGCCUCGAUCAUCUGUCUGAUAAUGACGACGAGAAUGAGAGCAGCUAUCUAGCGUCUUUGAGUCCAGAAGAUUGGGCCGAUCACUACGAAGGCAUGGAAAAAGAGAUGAUGGAUAAAACGAUCGCGAAAGUGACCAAGCUCGCGGCAGAGUCUCGAAAAGCGCCUAUUUCAACUCUAGCGGACCCCCGUGUACUCGAACAGCUGCAAGGAUUCUGGAAGAAACUUUUUUCCACUGAGGAUCGCGAUAUCCAGCCUAAUGCUGAUGCAAAAAAGGGAUCGUCGAAAGACGAAGAAGCGCCAUCUUCUUCUUCCGUACAACACAAAUCCGACUCUGAGAAAUCCGCCAAGGCUUCAUCGAAAGCUGCGAGCGAUGCUGCGACGCCUCUUGAAGUGGACGAUUCCCGAGCUCCUUUGAAGAACCCAGGUCCGCAACUGCUGUCAGCGGCGGCCUCGCGCCGAAACCAGCCGAAGAGCAGCUUUGGUGCUCCGGAGAUGAAGACUAUACCCCACCCAAGCACUCUAACCCCCCAAUCAUGUGGCCUUGAGCCAUUCGCUAUCGAUCGCAGGGUCGACAUCGGCGCACCCGUAGUGCAGUUAUCUGAACACACUGGAAUUGUCUGUAAUUUUCUGGUGGACACCAGGCAAAAGGGCUAGAAGGAGGUUGGCGAGCAGGGUCCAUCUCGCUAUAUCAAGUCCUCGAAAACUCUAAGGUUCUUACUGAUAUCACACGCACCCGAACUUUGAAGAUGUUCUUUUAUUGAAAAUCAAAAUUAACGAAAGCAAUCAUGGAUGCCCAAGACCGGUGGAAAAAAGCAGCAGACGGCGGCAG